AGCUGUAACAAUGACUAUGUGGAGCGCAACACAUAUAAAAGUGACAAUUCAGAGUGCCCGAGGUUUAUUAUGCAAGGGCAAAAACAACACAAACAAUUGCUAUGUCACCAUUGCAAUGGGCAAGGAGAAAUACCAGACCUCCGUAAAAGAAAAGGCUGAAAGUAAUGUACAAUGGAAUGAGGAAUGUGAACUAAAAAUUCCCGAUCAAGGCAACAGAGCUGAAUUGGUCCUCACCUGUUUACAUCGCAACAAUUUGGGUAUCGAUGAAUUCCUUGGACAAGUAACGCUGCCUUUAAAUGAAAUGGACCCCUAUGAUCGUCCCAGACCCAAAUGGUUUAAAUUGGAAAGUAAACCCGGCAAGGAAAAGAAAAACAAAGAACGUGGUGAACUGAUGGCAAUGAUUUCGUUCACCGUAAAAUCGGGAUCCCUGACCGAUUUGAGUAAGAAGGAAAAACACAAGUCUUCCAUUGGACAACUGGCAUCUUCGGUGGGUGGUAGUUUACUCUCGAUUGGCCAAAUAGAAAAACGUAAAGGUAUCAAGAAAAUUGCCAAAAAGUUCGGUUCCAAACUACACUUGCCCACCGGAAGUAAAAAGAAGAAUAAAGACGGCGACGAAGAUGGUAUGUCGUACACAGGCUCCUUUGCCAGCAUUGGAACACCAAAUCGUGUCCGUGUCAUUGAUAGCGAAGACGAAGAUGAAUUCCAAUUUGAUAAGCUGUCACAAAAGAGUUCGGUUAGUUCGUUGAAUUUACGCGACGGCGGUGGUCUGCAGACACCUGCAUCAAAUUAUGCCAACAAAAAUUCUUCCCCGCUGAUGGGUUCGACCGGCAAAGGUAAGGAUCACCAUCUAAGAUACGAUGGAUCAGACAACCUCAGUGUGGAUCCGGAAUUGGAAGAAAUUGAAAAUGAAUUUAGCAUUAGAGCUCGUACUUUACCGCCUCCCUCGAAACCUCCGCGGACACCUCAAAUGGAUAUUAGUGUCAAUGGUGGCGGCGGAGCUGGUGAUAUCAGAAUCAAUGGCAAACAUAACAACAGCGAAUUGGAUGAAUGGGAAUCGAAAUUGUAUGGACGCAGUGCUGAUAGCGGAAAUUCGGAUUCAUUGAAGCGCAGAUCAUGGGAACCAGUAGCUGUACCCUUGUCUUCUUCCAACAACGUAGCCGAGGAAUCGGUGGUAGUGGCCUCCAACAAUGAAUCGAUGAGCAAAUCAUUUUUACCUCCAUUGAGAGAAGCUCACACACCAGAGACCUUAAGUGACAGUUCCAGUUCAAGUAGCGACGAGGAAGAGGAGGAACCACCAAAAUUAUCCGAAAAGCCCAAGGCUCCCAAAGUUCCUAAACAAUCCCCCGAAAAGUUGGAGGAGGAGGUGAAACCCAAAAAACCAACAGAUCUCAAAUUUGUAACUGCCACCAAUGAAUCCACCAAGAGCGAUGUUGUUUUGCGCAAAGAUUCCCUUCUCUCUCCCGAAGAGGAGAAAAAUGAAUUUGCUAAAUUUAAUGCUUCUUUUGCCAAAUUCGAACAGAGGCACAGUGCCAAGGUAUUCGACAUCGAGGAAGAAACAAAUAACUUUUUAGCAAAUGAAACCAUGUCUUCGGCCAAGUCACGUGCGUCUCCACCACAACCUAAACCACGUCCCAGAAGUUCAGCCUCUUUGGAAAAAGAGAAAGAACAGUUGCGUGUCAAAGAGGAAGAGGAGGCAGCAAAAGAAAAGUUGCGUUUGCAGAGGGCUGCAGAAGAUGCCAAACUGGAGGCAGAAUUAAAGGCCAAUGAGAAACGUUUGCGUGAGGAGGAACAAGCCUUGCAAAAAGAGCUAGAAGAACGUGAAGAAGAGAAACGACGCGAGGCCAAACGCCGUGAAGAAGAUUUACGCAUCUUGAAUUUCUCCAAACGUUUGGUAACGCCCGAGGAGACAAAAGAAAAUCCAUUUGUGGAGAGUCCAAAACCUAAAGAACAAACAAAAGAAGAGCCGAAGAAAAAGGAAAAAGUUGAGAUUAAAGAACGUCCCACAUUCAACAACAACAGCACCAACAAUUACAAUAAUCGAGGUGAGCGAGGUGAGAAAAAACAAUCUGUAAGUACUGCUUCUACACCUAGUCCCAAAACAAAUGAACGCAUUAUUAUUGGUCAUGAAAAGUCUUCUACACAGGCUGAGAGACGUGCCGAAAUAUCAGCAGCCUUGGCCAAAAAAUAUGAAGGCAAAUCACGAGAGGAACUUAUGUUAAUUGCCAACGGCAUGGAAAAUGAAGCGUUGCUGCAGCGUCAACGUGUCAAAGAAUUAGAAGAUUAUUUAGAUAAUCUACUUCUGCGAGUAAUGGAAACACAACCGAAGUUAUUACAAAAUCCCUAUUCACGAACCACAUCAGCCAAGAGUUUUAAAAACUACAUCAAUAUGAACGAUUUUUUGUAAGAAUGCUAAAAUGCUUAUGAUGCACGUUUUACAAAAAAUAACUCUUACAACAACAACAACUACUACUACUCCACAUACAAAAAUAAAUGCAUGAAUCAGAGA